GAGACGGAAGCCACUGUCUCCCGGGUGAACGAGGCCGUCGCGACGAGGGAAAGAGUGUAGGUGACGGUUCGCACCGGCGGGCGUUGGGGCUUGGCGUGAGUGGGCGAUCUUCUACUUGGAGACGCUCACGGGGUCCAGGAGGAGGCGUCGAGGACCCCGGGUUUGGGGGGUGGCCUGCCGGGGAGCUUGGCUCCCCCGGACCCCAGCCCGCUAAGCGCGGCUGCUCGGUGGCCCGGCUCCCACGGGCGGCCGGCGGGAGGUGUCGCCGAAACCUCUGUGAGCUUGGAGGGACCGCUCACUCGCCGCCGCGUUUGUCCUCCUACAGACAUGGGGCGCAGAAAGUCGAAACGGAAGCCACCCCCCAAAAAGAAGAUGACCGGCACCCUAGAGACCCAGUUCACCUGCCCCUUCUGCAACCACGAGAAGUCUUGUGACGUAAAAAUGGAUCGUGCCCGCAACACCGGAGUCAUCUCUUGUACCGUGUGCCUAGAGGAAUUCCAGACACCCAUCACAUAUCUGUCAGAACCAGUGGACGUGUACAGCGAUUGGAUAGAUGCCUGCGAGGCCGCCAAUCAGUAGCAAUGCCGAGGACCCACUCCCCUGGCAGUGCCGCCUGCCGUGGACCUGCCCCACUGGCUACCAGUCCAGAGACAUUCCAGGGUCCAGGGUGUGGGUCCAGGGCCUUCACAGCCCUCUGCGUGUAUGGAGUGGGUGUGAGUGUGAGUGUGUGCGGCCGCAAGCGUGGCCGUGGCAGUGUGCUUGUGGGAACGGACUGGAGGUGAAGUGGGGUUGUUGCCCCCCCGCCCCUGGGGGGAGCCUGAAGUGCUUCACUUGGCUCUGAAAGCCUUUAACUUGCUUGCUCCUCGUCAGAGCCGGUGUUCUGACAUUCUGG